AUGCAAGGACAGGACCCGGAGAUCCGGUCUCACUGCGUGUAUCCCUGCGAGUGUGGCACAGUGCCGGAUUGUCCUCCGGGAGUGCCAGUCAUCAUGGACGGGUGCGAGUGCUGCUGGCAGUGCGAGAGGCAGCACGGGGAGUCCUGCAACGGCGCCACCCUCUGCGAUGCCUCCAAGUCGCUCUCCUGCGUGUACAACAGCACGGCCGACCCGACGGGCACUUGCCAAGGUAGGUUUCUAAAGGAGCAGCUCGUGGCGAGAGCUCGGCAUUCCAAUGGCACUUACGCCUGUGUGUCCCUGUGCCCCGGCGAGAGUCUUCCUCCCAGCGAGCAGUGCCACGACCCCCACCUUGUCACGGUGCCAGGGCAGUGCUGCAGGGAAUGGAUGUGCGAUACAGCUCCAGAGAAAGUCGUGGGGCCCCCUGCAUGCGAGCGCCUCUCUGGCCGGUGGUCCCCCUGCUCGGUUCAGACGUGUGGUUUGGAGUGUCGGUUCGCUGUCCAACGACAACGCCAGCUGCCAGAGUAUCAACCAGACGCGCCUCUGUCAGAUCAGGCCCUGUACAGACCCUAG